CGGCAUCAUGCUUACAGAUAAGUCACAUUAACAAUGUCAUUACCGUAUCUACCAUUCUAUUAUCCUGAUAUCAUACCAGUAUCAGCAGUAUGAUAUCAGCAUAUCAGCAUAUCAGUAGUGCAUCGGCAAUCUACCAAUCGAUACAUCCCAUCGGCAAGUCCCCGCCGCCACGCACAUCGGCAACUUUAAGCUAUCAUGAUAUCAACCGAACUACUAUCACGCUUAUCAUCCCUUCCAGCCUGUCAUAUCGACGCAUCCAUGCUACCCCGGAAAAUCAGACCCCGGGGAAGCAUCCACUGAAGCGUCCAUCUAUCAGUAGCGGAACAUAUCCGCAUUCCGCUGUCUCCACUGACUGCUGUCCGAGCUCUCUAUCUGGACUAGACACUGUGGUCUUCGGGAAACUAUCAUUCUUGAUAGUGUAUUCCGCGGGAAGAUAUGGAUGGUUAAAUCGGUUAUCUCAUUGUGGCUUUGAUCGCGUGCCGCGGAUAUCGGUCUGUUUCAUUGCGACGUCACCAGACCCCUUUCUGGUGUUGGAUAAAAGUCGAAUAGAUCUCCUGAUAAUGGUGUUGUAUCUUCUAUCAUAACAACAACCCACAAUGGCCAUCAUCACUAGUCACCAUAUCGACGACGUCAGAGAGUCUGUCAAUGACGCCCUGGCUUCGCUGCAGACUUCACUAAGAGAACUCAACAACCAAGUAUGUCAUCUCAACAUCUUCCUUGACUAUACUAACCAUGUAGAUCUGGUCAAAUCCCGAAACAGCAUACCAGGAACAUC